AUGUGCGGUAUGGUCCUGCCGGAUGGGCCUUCAAUGCGUCGUCACAUACGCCAGGAUCAUUCUGGAGCUCUCGUCAUGCCUGAUCGUCGUGCCAAGCGUAGGGAGGACAUCAUUUCUGCUCACAACGCUAUCAAGCGCUGGAUCCUUCAGCUUGGCUGGCAGAAUGCGAGCUACGUGCAUGAACCUGGUCGUGGCCCUGAUAAUGGCCUUGUUGGAUUUUGGUGCGACGCUCUGGAGCGGAUUGCGGCCAUCGAUGCGCAGUUCAGAGCCACUUAUGGCUCCCGUUUUCAUCGAUUCCAAAUUCCCUCAACCCCAACCUCUGGCCAUCGUAGCCGUCGUCGUGGACCUGAUGUCCCUGCUAAUCCUAUUCCUUUCCCUGGCUUUGGACCUACUGCGGGUGCUUCUAACGUGGGUAGUGUCAAUGAGGACGAUAUAGACGACAUGGAGGGUGGUAAUGGAGAAACUAGCAGUUCUAGUGCCUUUGAGAGCAUGGCCUAG